UACUUGAAUCAGAGUGAGUCACCUACAGCUUCGUUACUAUUGGAAUCGGGUAUAUGGGUAUAUAUCAUCGCGGCCGUGAAAGUUGAAUAUCGUUGGUGGCUUUGUUAUGUCGUAUUUGAUGUG